AUGGACGGUCACGAUGAAGCGGCCUUGCCAGCUCCGAUCAGACUUUGCGAUGUGACUGUAGCGAGCGCAGAGGUCCCGCGCGACGCUCGUUACAUGUGCGACCGUACGGAAGACAGAGCCAAUGAGCUGGAGCGACGAAAUCGGCGGUUCAUCGCAGCCCUUGCUCAGGCGGAUCCGACGUUUGACCCCACGACGCAAACCCUGAUGGCCUCUCAGACCAGCGUGAUGGCAGUGGGCCGUGUUGUUUGCGACGCAGAGGCGGCAACAGCGCGCCUCAACGACUCCUCAGUGCUUCUGGAAGGAUGCAUCGACCCCUGCCAAGGGGUGAGGGUACGUCUGGACUUGCGUCAUCUGCCGUCCUUCUCGCUCUUCCCAGGGCAGAUCCUGGCCGUUGAAGGCAGCAACCCCAGCGGCUACUGCCUCGUUGCUAAGCGGAUCGUUGCUGCCCUGCCGUACCAGCCCAUCGCGGCAGCAGGCCCCUUCACCACGAUUGACUCGUGGUCAUUCGACCCGCUGAAGGAUCUCAUUAGAUUCGCACUGCAGCGACCGCCAGAUGUGCUGCUGCUGAUGGGCCCCUUCAUCGAUCGCGAGCAUCCCGAUGCGCGGGACGGCUGUGUGGACCAGACGUAUGAGGCGCUCUUUCAGCAGCACAUCCGCACACAGGUGGAGGACUACUGUGAGCGGGCAGGAGGCAGCUGCAAGGUGCUGUUGCUGCCAUCACUCAGAGACGCCCACCACACCAUGAUCUUUCCUCAGCCUCCAUUCGACUCGUCUGACUUUGAAGACCCCCGCAAGCAAGUCCUGAUGCUUGGAAACCCCUCCGCCGUUAUACUGGAUAACCAGAUUGGCAUUGCCUGCUCCUCCACCGACAUUCUCCGCCACCUCAGCAAGGAGGAGAUCGCCCGCGUGGCGCCAGGAGACAACGCCACGUCGGACCGCAUCUCCAGGCUGGCGGCGCACGUGAUUGGCCAGAGGAGCUUCUACCCGCUCUUCCCUCCCCCCCCUGCCACCUGCCUCGACCUCUCCUGCUGCCCCCAAGCGCUGGAUCUUCCAUUCGCUCCUCACCGCCUCUUCCUCCCUUCCGACCUCGUCCCCUUUGUCAAG